AUGCCGCCUCGUAAAAGCCUCUUCGCGCCUUUCAUCUCAGUGGACCCGGAGGGAGGAGUCGCCCCCGCGGCCCCGGCGGCUCUCCACGCCGACAUCCACGCUCUAUUGCAGCGUAGCCGUGGGCAGGAGCGACCGGGGGCAGAGCGCACCAGGGGCAGCUGCGACCACCGAGAGCCUCCGUGCGCCAUCGUGGAGCUGCGGCUGGGCCCUGCCGGUGGAGCGCUGCACUACCUCCAGCCGGACAAGUGCGCUCUGGAGCGGGCGCAGAGACGGCGACGCCUCGCUGCCAACGCCCGGGAGAGGAGGAGGAUGCUGGGGCUCAACGUCGCCUUUGACCGGCUCCGGAGCGUCAUCCCCAACCUAGAGAGCGACAAGAAGCUCUCCAAAUCUGAGACUCUUCAGAUGGCGCAGAUUUACAUCGCCACCCUCAGCGAGCUGCUCCAGGAGGGCGCCUGCGGAGAAUCAGUCACCACCCGGGCACCGCGGCCCCCGGGGGCCUCUCCGCCUUCACAGGGGACCACACUGCUGGCAAGGGAGGCAUCCGGGCCCGUCAGGGACUUUCACACCGGGAAGAGCAGCGGAGGCCCGGUGCGCACAGAGGAGUUAUGAUGGGGACAUGAG